UCCCGUGUAACCUCAUCUAGGUGUUCCUGCUCCAGCAGGGGGAUUGGACUAGAUGAUCUUUUGAGGUCCCUUCCAAUCCCCAACAUUCUGUGAUUCCGUGAGGGAGCGGGGGGGAGCAGCGGGCGCUGCGAGCGCUGCCGUUUCCCUGGCAACGGGGGGGGAAGGGAGGUAGCCGGGGCCUUUGACACAGUGCGGUCGCUCACCCAUGACGUCAACUGUACGGCGCCAGUGCGGAUGGGCUUUGGUGGCCAAGGCGCCCGCCCGAGCGGCGGUGGCAGGCAGUGAAUAGGGCAGCUAGGCGGGGUCCUUCCACGGCGCGGUCGCCGCGGGCGGCGGGCGGAUUUGUGGCGGCGGUACGGGCGCGAUGGCGUUGCCGUCUGUGCACAAGUGCCUGCGAGUGAGUGGGGACCUCGGUAGUGCCGGCCCGCGGGGCCGCCGUCCGUCCGUCCGGCGGUUUUUCUUGCUGCUCCGCCUUCUCUGGACAGAGCAUCGGUCGAUUGUCUCAGUGAUGAAAAUGAACAGUUAGUCAAGAAGUUGAAAAAACUACACAUGAGAAAUAAGGAUCUAGAAAAGAAUCUGGGUCAGAUCCAAGAAAAACUGCAUCUGCAGCAGUUAAUGCAUGACUGUGUCACAAGCAGAGAUGUUCAAGUUCAGACAGAAACCCAAUUAUGGCAUAAGGGUGGAUACGGCAAGGAUCUUAAUCUAGAGAGUGACAAUGUCAGACUACUUCAGAUGUAUAAUGAGCUACAGAAACGUUAUGUUAAAGAAAUCAAAACAAACCAGGAGCAAAGUGAAGCAAUUAAAAAUCUCACUGUAGCAAGAUCUGUUGCCUUGCUGUGCAAAGAAACUGGCAUCAUAACCGGAGCAGAGAUUAAAAUUCAUGAGCUAGAGCAUAAUCUUCGAGAGCAGAAGCGAAGAAUUGAGCAACUGGAAUGUAAAAGAGUUUCUUGGAAAACUAGUGCUGUUUCUGGAAAAAGAAGUCGAACUCCAGAGGGAGAAGUAACAUCUCGCAGGGACAUUUCUAAAAAGGAAUCCUGUUGCAGUAAAUAUUUAGAGCUAUUGUUGAAGGAGAUUAAAAAGCUGAAGAAAGAAAAUGAAAAGUUGUCUGCAGAAAGGAGAGCACUAAAAAAUGAAUUAGCUGGAUUAGACAAGGAUUUUUUUGAAGAGGUAGAAGAUCUAAAGCAUGCUGUACAGGAAUCUGUGAAACUGAAUAAUCAGUAUGAAAAGUGCUUGAAACAAAUAAGUGUAAUGUAUGGACUUCCUUUUACAGCACACUUGUAAUACUGAUUAAUGGCAAGUAGAUUUUCCACAUAUUCUUUUAUACUUACUGCAACAUUUAAACCUAUCACAUUUUGAUAACAUUAUGGAUUAAAUAUAUUAUCUCAACAUGACAAGCUGCUCUGAAGUCUUUUUGUAUUGUGUGCCUUUGAUUUUUGUUUAUAUGGCUUUUAAAUAAAGUGUGGUCUGUAUAACUUCAGCUAAGUUUCAAAACCUCUGUCUUUCACACUCAUAACAUACUUUCAUUGCAGGAGGGGUUGUGGGUGUUUAUGGGAAUAUGAUAAAAUCUUUUUAUUUUAAUUUGAAGAAUUUCCCAAUAUGUGCUUUUCUGUAAACUGUAUAAAGGUGUGUAGAUUGGGCAGCCUUUACAAAUUUCAGCCCUUAAGGAUGUGCCAGUGCAGACAGAAAUUAAUUAUAUCAUUAAAUUUUUACAAAGGAUUUUCUUGAAAGUGCUAAAUCACUGCUUGGAGUGUUUGUUUAAUCACAAUAAUAAGUUAAAAUUUGUAGGAGAAGGAAGGAUUUAGGGUUUAGAGUUGAAAAGAGUGUAUUCAGAAAGAUGGGUCGGAGAGCUGCCUUGCAGUAGCAAAACAAGAAUUCAUCAGCAGCUCUUAUUUGAUUGAAAAGCGAGGUAUUUGAGGAGCUCUGGCAUUUGAAGUGCUGAAAGGAAACUGGAGUGCAUAGAGUCCCAGUUCACAAGGCAGAAAUGUCGUGCUGCUUCAGAGAGCGUGAGCUCGGAAUGGUGAGAGACAGCUCCCGUGUGCGAGUGCACCUUGCAGAAGGGAAACCUUGUGAGAUUUGAACCUGAGCUUGUUUGUAACGACAUUUUGCAAAAGUUUAACAUAGUUACAUUAUACAAAUACAUUUACCUGGAAGAAGUUGUUAAUCGGUACCAUUGUGGCAUCGCAAUGGCAGAACUGAGCGAAACCUUUAUCACGAGGGUAGAAAUGCUAAACUUAUUUAUAAGCUAAUAUAGCUUCUUUAGCUUCAUAAAAACACUUGCACGCUCAUUAGGGAUAGGACUAGGAUUGGGACUUGUGUAUCCCACUUUGUUUGUUAGGACAGUUUUGUGUAGUUGUAAAUUAAUAAACAAAUUUUCCUCCAAGCAUGUGGGGUGUUCGGAGUUACAUAUUCAUGAAGUAAGAGAGAGAAUCAUAGAAGAGAGGUUAAAGCUCCAGAAGUACUUGCUUCCUGCUCUGGCUACAGACCGUUGUGUCAGGUUUUCCUUGUUUUACUCUUGGCUCAUUUGUAAAUUAAAGCUGGAUAAAGUUCUGAAAAGAGCUGGAAAAGGGGAGGGUUGCAAAUUUGUAAACUUGAUGGAUGGAAAUAGGAAGAAUAGUAUGUAUGAUGGAAGUAUUUGAAGUGCAAAAAUGUAUCUAAUAUUUGUUAGUAAACAAAAUAAACAUUAACACUGGAGAUGGAAAGCA